AGAAGAUUGAGGUUAGGUUAGGUUUUUUCAUUUUUCAAAAAUUUAAAAAUAAACAUUUCCACUCGAAAAGAAAAGGGAAAAGGCCUGUAGUUGUGUUAUUUUUGCUUUGAGAUUUUAACACAAAGAUGUCUACAAGAUGGUAUCCGAUUUAUCAGAAAACCGGCCCCCAACUUCGCGUAUUCCUCCCAAACUUCUGGAUGAAACUGAUACGAACUACAGAGAAACAACCGAAAAACAUCGUUCAGUUUUCUUGUUCAAUGCAAAUGACUCAAUUCGACAUUAAAAAUUAUCUGGAGAAGAUUUACAAUGUAAAAACUGUGGAUAUUAGAACCAGGAUUGCUUUGGGAAAGACAAGGAAAGAUCCAGGGAAUGGGUACGUUAUUAAAGAAGAUGAUGCUAAGUAUGCUUACGUCACAUUGCCAAAAGGAGAAGAAUUCCAAUUUCCAGACUUAUACCCUGAUGAAAACAAGGAUAAAGAAGAUUAUGAAAAAUCUUUGGAGCAGACCAAACAAGGAUACAAAGACUACUUGGAAAAAAAUAAAGGACGACCCGGAAUGCCCGGCUGGUUUACAAUUUAAAUGUUUCUUUCGAAAAGAUAGCAAUUUUUUGUAUAUAAUUAUUAAUUAAAUGUAGGUAGUUUUUCUGAUUUA